GCUGAAUUUGAUUCUGCCGAACACGGGAUUCGGCCAAGGAAACGAACGGACGGGCACGGCAAGUAAGCGAUACACCUCUCACACAUACACCAUGGCGGAGCAGCUUACCGAGGAGCAGAUCCAGGAGUUCAAGGAGGCUUUCAGCCUGUUCGACAAGGACAACGAUGGCACCAUCACCACCAAGGAGCUGGGCACUGUCAUGCGCUCGCUCGGUCAGAACCCCACCCAGGCGGAGCUCCAGGACAUGAUCAACGAGGUUGAUGCUGAUGGCAACGGCACCAUCGACUUUCCCGAGUUCCUGACCAUGAUGGCCCGCAAGAUGAAGGACACCGACUCCGAGGAGGAGAUCAAGGAGGCCUUCCGCGUCUUCGACAAGGACGGCAACGGUUACAUCUCGGCUGCUGAGCUGCGUCAUGUCAUGACCAACCUCGGCGAGAAGCUCACCGACGAGGAGGUCGACGAGAUGAUCCGCGAGGCUGACAUCGACGGCGAUGGCCAGAUCAACUACGACGAGUUCGUCCGCAUGAUGCUCAGCCGGUAGAGCGAGCCCAUGCACGUUUGUAAAA